CGCGGGUCCGCCUCCGCCGCGCGGAGGGCGUGGGUUCCCGGCUCCCGGAAGCGGCGGCCGCGGCGCGGAGCCGAGCGGCGUCGGUCCCCGGGGCUGCAAUGCGCGGCGGCCGGAGGCUGUGAGCUGAGCGCGGCGGCCCGGCCGGGGCCGCUGAUCGGCGGCGUGUUGCGGCGGCGGCGCCGGCGGCUCCGGCUCCUCGGGGCGUGGCGUGGCGGCGGCCGGGGUGAUGCUGCUCAAGCUCCUACAGCGACAGACCUAUACCUGCCUGUCCCACAGGUAUGGGCUCUACGUCUGUUUCGUGGGCGUCGUUGUCACCAUCGUGUCCGCCUUCCAGUUCGGAGAGGUGGUUCUGGAAUGGAGCCGGGAUCAAUACCACGUUUUAUUUGAUUCCUACAGAGACAAUAUUGCUGGAAAGUCCUUUCAGAAUCGGCUCUGUCUGCCCAUGCCCAUCGACGUGGUUUACACCUGGGUGAAUGGCACAGAUCUUGAACUACUGAAGGAACUACAGCAAGUCAGAGAGCAGAUGGAGGAGGAGCAGAAAGCUAUGAGAGAAAUCCUUGGGAAGAACACAACAGAACCAACUAAGAAGAGUGAGAAGCAGUUGGAGUGUUUGCUGACACACUGCAUUAAGGUGCCGAUGCUUGUCCUGGACCCAGCCCUGCCGGCCAACGUCACACUGAAGGACCUGCCAGCUCUUUAUCCUUCUUUUCAUUCUGCCAGUGACAUAUUCAAUGUCGCAAAACCGAAAAACCCUUCCACUAACGUCUCAGUUGUUGUUUUCGACAGUACUAAGAAUGUUGAAGAUGCCCAUGCUGGAAUGUUUAAAGGAAACAGCAAACAGACAGUUUGGAGGGGCUACUUGACCACAGAUAAAGAAGUCCCUGGGUUAGUGCUAAUGCAAGAUUUGGCUUUCCUGAGUGGAUUUCCACCGACAUUCAAGGAAACAAAUCAACUAAAAGCAAAACUGCCAGAAAAUCUUUCUUCUAAAAUAAAACUGUUGCAGUUGUAUUCAGAGGCCAGUGUGGCACUUCUAAAAUUGAAUAACCCCAAAGAUUUCCAAGAACUGAAUAAACAGACUAAGAAGAACAUGACCAUCGAUGGAAAAGAACUGACCAUAAGUCCUGCGUAUUUAUUAUGGGAUCUGAGUGCCAUCAGCCAGUCUAAGCAAGAUGAAGACGUUUCUGCCAGCCGUUUUGAAGAUAAUGAAGAGCUAAGAUACUCACUGCGAUCUAUCGAGAGGCAUGCACCAUGGGUUCGGAAUAUUUUCAUUGUCACCAAUGGGCAGAUUCCAUCCUGGCUGAACCUUGAUAAUCCUCGAGUGACAAUAGUAACACACCAGGAUGUUUUUCGAAAUUUGAGCCACUUGCCUACCUUUAGUUCACCUGCUAUUGAGAGUCACAUCCAUCGCAUCGAAGGGCUGUCCCAGAAGUUUAUUUACCUGAAUGAUGAUGUCAUGUUUGGGAAGGACGUCUGGCCAGACGAUUUUUACAGUCACUCCAAAGGUCAGAAGGUUUAUUUGACGUGGCCUGUGCCAAACUGUGCCGAGGGCUGCCCGGGUUCCUGGAUUAAAGACGGCUAUUGUGACAAGGCUUGUAAUAAUUCCGCCUGUGAUUGGGAUGGUGGGGAUUGCUCUGGUAACAGUGGAGGGAGUCGCUAUGUCGCAGGAGGCGGGGGUACCGGGAGUAUUGGAGUCGGACAGCCCUGGCAUUUCGGUGGAGGAAUAAACAGUGUCUCUUACUGUAAUCAAGGAUGUGCGAAUUCCUGGCUCGCUGAUAAGUUCUGUGACCAAGCCUGCAAUGUCUUGUCCUGUGGGUUUGAUGCUGGCGACUGUGGGCAAGAUCAUUUUCAUGAAUUGUAUAAAGUAACUCUUCUCCCAAACCAGACUCACUAUGUUCUUCCAAAAGGUGAAUGCCUGCCUUACUUCAGCUUUGCUGAAAUAGCCAAAAGAGGAGUCGAAGGUGCCUAUAGUGACAAUCCAAUAAUUCGACACGCUUCUAUUGCCAAUAAGUGGAAAACCAUUCAUCUCAUAAUGCACAGUGGAAUGAAUGCGACCACAAUACAUUUUAAUCUUACAUUUCAAAAUACAAAUGAUGAAGAGUUCAAAAUACAGAUAACAGUAGAGGUUGACACAAGAGAGGAACCAAAACUGAAUUCUACAACUCAGAAAUCUUACCAAAAUUUGGUUAGCCCCAUAACACUUCUUCCAGAGGCGGAAAUCCUAUUCGAGGAUAUUCCCGAAGAAAAACGCUUCCCAAAGUUCAAGAGACGUGAUGUGAACACCACAGAGAGAUUCCAAGAGGAGGUGAAAAUUCCCCUGGUAAAUAUUUCACUCCUCCCAAAAGAAGCCCAGUUGAGUCUCAGUAACUUGGAUUUGCAGCUAGAACGUGGCGACAUCACUGUGAAAGGAUACAACGUGUCCAAGUCAGCCUUGCUGAGAUCAUUUCUGAUGAACGUACAGGAUGCUGAUGUAAAAAUAAAUCAAGCUGUAAUGACAGGUGGAAGAAAUGACAGUUUGGAGGCCGCCCCAGAAAAACAGAUUCACAAAAACAUCUUGCUGGACAGCCUAGGAGCCUCUCAGAGAUUAGAUAACAGGUUGACUUUUCCAGCAGUGACAGUAAAAGUGAAUGGCCACAACCAGAGUCAGAAUCCACCCACAGAUUUGAAAACCAAAGAAAAAUUUAGAUCUGAAACUCAGACCCAAAAAGUAGGAGGUGGAAGUCUGUCAAAAGAAAAGUUCUUAUCUCUGAUUGUUCCACUGGAAAACCAUGUGUCAAAAGAAAAGAAAAUCACAGGGAAAGAACAAGAGAAAAACAGAAUGGAGGAAAAUGCUAGAAAUGACAUAGGUCUUAAUGAAGUCUUACCUGGAAGAAAAUUGCAACAUUACACAGACAGUUACCUGGGCUUUUUGCCAUGGGAGAAAAAAAAGUAUUUCCAAGAUCUUCUUGAUGAAGAAGAGUCAUUGAAGACGCAAUUGGCAUACUUUACUGAUAGCAAACAUACUGGGAGGCAACUAAAAGAUACGUUUGCAGAUUCCCUCCGAUAUGUAAAUAAAAUUCUAAAUAGCAAGUUUGGAUUCACAUCUCGGAAAGUCCCUGCACACAUGCCUCACAUGAUCGACCGAAUAGUUAUGCAAGAACUACAAGAUAUGUUCCCUGAAGAAUUUGACAAGACGUCAUUUCACAAAGUGCGCCAUUCUGAGGAUAUGCAGUUUGCCUUCUCUUACUUUUAUUAUCUCAUGAGUGCAGUUCAGCCAUUGAAUAUAUCUCAAGUUUUUGAUGAAGUUGAUACAGACCAAUCUGGUGUCUUAUCUGACAGAGAAAUCCGAACACUGGCUACCAGAAUUCACGACCUGCCGUUAAGUUUGCAGGAUUUGACAGGUCUGGAACACAUGUUAAUAAAUUGCUCGAAAAUGCUCCCUGCUAAUAUCACUCAGCUAAACAACAUUCCACCAACUCAGGAAGCAUACUAUGAUCCCAAUCUGCCCCCAGUCACUAAAAGUCUGGUAACCAACUGUAAAGCAGUAACUGAUAAAAUCCACAAAGCAUAUAAAGACAAAAACAAAUAUAGGUUUGAAAUCAUGGGAGAAGAAGAAAUUGCUUUUAAAAUGAUUCGUACCAAUGUUUCUCAUGUGGUUGGCCAGUUGGAUGAUAUAAGAAAAAACCCCAGGUUUCCUGCACUUUGGACCUCUCUGAUUGUAUCCCAGUUGUCCAACUUGUUCCUUUGUCCUCUGUAUUUCCUGAAGUUUGUUUGCCUGAAUGACAACAUUGACCACAAUCAUAAAGAUGCCCAGACAGUGAAGGCUGUUCUCAGGGACUUCUAUGAAUCCAUGUUCCCCAUACCAUCCCAGUUCGAGCUGCCACGAGAGUAUCGAAACCGUUUCCUUCAUAUGCAUGAGCUGCAGGAAUGGAGAGCAUAUCGAGACAAAUUGAAGUUUUGGACGCAUUGUGUACUAGCAACAUUGAUUAUAUUUACUAUAUUCUCGUUUUUUGCUGAACAGUUAAUUGCACUUAAGCGGAAGAUCUUUCCCAGAAGGAGGAUUCACAAAGAAGCUAGUCCUGAUCGAAUCAGGGUAUAGAGGAUCUUCAUUUGAAAAUCAUCUACCUCAGCAUUCACUGAGCAUUUUAAAACUCAGCUUCAUAGCGAUGUCUUCAUGGUGCGAUGCUUAGCCAGCUUGGCCUGAAGAAGGAAAAAUGUCCACUACAAUACUUGCUUUGUGGCAUGACUCUAGCUUACUGAUCAGGAGUUGUUCAACCAACACACUGAAAACUUGUGUACUGAGCAGCUCUGAAUUGGUUUUACUUUUAAAGCAUCUGUUCAUGGACCUGUCAUUCUUUUAAUGAAAAGGCUCACUGAUGAGAGACAGCUUCUAAGUUCCCAUUGCAAUUAUUGCCAGCUAACUUGAACCUGAGAAGCCUAGGCCCACUUGGGAGUGAUGCUAAGAGACCCCAGUCUUUGCAUUCUGAAGCCUUUUGUUAUGGUUUUACAUUUUUGUUUUUUUGUUUUUCUUUUUUCUAUUUCUCAUUUUAAAAAUAACUAGUUACUAAGUUAACUAGUUAUUCUUGCUUCUGACAGCAAUGAAUUAGGAUGACUAAACGUGUUUUUAUAGAUGUUAUUUAAAUAAUGCAGCAAUAUCACCUCCUAUUUGCAAUACCUAAAUUAUGGAUUUUAUUAACGUUUAAGGCUGUAUAAGUGGUCUUCAACCACUUACAGCAACUGACAAGCUCCGUGACUGAUGUCUGAAAUACUUUGUGCUUGUUUCCCUCAGCCCCUAAGAAUCCUGUGAUUUCAUGUGUAGGCCUAAUUGCAAAGGGCUAGAGUCAAGUAGCAGAGCUACUUUCUAGAUGUAUUUAUGUUUUGGAAUGUACAUAUUUAAAUAGAAGUGCCUCAUUUUAGAAAUGAGCAGUGCUGAUGAUACUGGCACAUUACAGUGGUGUCUUCCUUAAUACUCAUCAGUAUAUUCCAGUAGCUAUCUCUCUCAGUUGGUUUCAUAGAAUGCAGGGGUCAGUAAACUUUUCUAUAAAAGCCACAUAGAAAAUUGCAGGUCACAUGUGUCUCUGUUGCAUAUUCUUCUCUUCUUUUUUUUUUUUUUUUCUUUUUUAACAAUCCUUUAAAGAUGUCAAAACCAUGUUUAGCUUGCAGCUGUCCAAAAACAGGCCACCAGUUGGAUUUGGCCCACAGGCCUUUGUUUGCUGACCACUUGGAUAGAGGAUUAAUAUUUGUAUGUUUGGGUAAGCCCUGACGUUCAGCCAUAUUUUAUUUAUGUCAUAAUACAGUGGCUUUCUGGAGACGAGUUUCCAUGAGUCCUUUUUGAACUCUGACAGGUAUUUUAGAUCAUGAUCUCAACAGUAUUCUUUCAAAAUGGCAUAAAUAUUUUGUAAAAAGAACUUGAAAUGUAAAUACUGUGUUUGUGCUGUAAGAGUUGUGUGUUUCAAAAACUGAAGUCUAAUAAAGACUUACAUUUUGUCUGA